AUGAGGUGGACCCUGACUUCAACUCCUCCCUUGAGAUCUCGAGAUCUGGGCGGCUGCUGGCCAUGGGGCAGUCGGAGGGCGCGCUGCUGGUGGGCUGCGAGGGUGUGGCUGCUGCGCCUGCUGCUGCUGCUGCUGCUGCUGCUGCUGCUGCUGCUGCUGCUGCUGCUGCUGCUGCUGCUGCUGCUGCUGCUACUGCUGCUGCUGCUGCCGCCGCCGCCGGCGCUGCCGCCGGCGCCGCCGCGGCGUCGCGCCGCGCGAACCGCCCCUCGCCUCCCCAGCUGCUUACCACCCACCCGUGGCCGGGCCCGGGCGGCGCCUGCGGGCCUGCGGCUGGGCGCCGCGGCACGCCACGCGAAGCCCGCGCCCGUCACGCCCGCGAUCGGCCGCCAACGCCAUAUCGUGGACCCGCGCUCCCUGCACGUGGUGAAGCGCGAGCCCAAGGCCAGCAUGGCGUUUGUGACGCGCGUCGUGUUCAGCGACGACGAUGCGCGCGUCCUGGCGGUGGGCGGCGACGCCAACGCGUUCGUGCUGGAGUUGAGAGCACACGGCGGCGGUGGCGGUGGCGGCGGCGGCCUCUUCCUCUCGCUCCUGCUGCUGCUCCUGGCGGCCGCCGCGGGGGCCGCGUUCCUGCUUUACGCCCAGCCGGACCGCAUGCGGCAGGCGCAGGAGCUGUGGGAGGAGCUGCAGCAGCACAAAAUUGUGCGGGGCGGCCUGCAGCUGCUGCGGCGGCAGGCGGAGCGCGUGCGGCCGCACGUGGAGCGGCACUUGGAGGCGGCGCGGCCGCACCUCAGCCGGGUGCAGUCUCAGGUGGAGCGGCUCGUGCGGGGGGAGAGAGACGAGCUCUGA